GCCAGCCAUAUGCAAUCAAUCAAUCAUCGCCAUUGUUGCCGUCGUCACCGUUGUCCUCCUUUUCCUCAUCGCGGACACGGAAGACUGUCUGCGUCCAGUGGUUGGGGCCUGGGGAGAACCCGUGGCCGAUAUUGUCGGAGUGGAAGGCGAUGUGGAUCUCGUCCCACUUGUCAAGCCCCUGAUACUCCUGCCCGUUGGCGUCCUGGAAGCUGCUGGUCAGCAGCACUCCUAGCUUGGCGUUGCCGUGCUCGUCGGCCACAAUGCCGUUGUAACCCUUCUCUUGACCAGGCUCCCCCUCCCAUCCCCUGCCCAGGUUCAAGUCGGCUGGGCCGCCUCGCGGCGAUCCGGGCUUCCGCACCAGCCAGGCCGUGUAGAAGCCACCUGCACUCACACACACAUGGCAAGGGCACACACACAUGCGCAUUUCUUGCUCUCUGGUGGCUGGGCUACCUGGGACCAUUCCCGUCAUCUCCAUGUCGAAAUAAGUGAGGCCAAACGCGUCGAGGAUGGUCACCUUGCCACCGACGUCAAGCCAAUCCUCCUCAGUGUAGUCUGCCAUGUCCACACCCGCCGCCACAGCCUGCUCCUUGAUGGCCUCAAACGUCUGCACCAACCACGCAGACAGGCAGACCGGCAGACAAACCAUGGAUGCACACAGGCAGACAGCCAUCAGCUCACUGUCGGAUCAUUGAAGCCGGUGCCCACUUCCCAAUGAGCAGGGUCGCGCGCGAGAGCGGGGAAGCGGGCGAGGGGCCCUGACAAAGACCAACCGCACGUGUGUUGCUUCCUCCGGGGUGCGUGUCUGCGUACCAUUGGGAAAGAAGGCGCGAAGGAGAUCGUCUACCUGAGGUGGAAUGGUUGCGGGGCAGGCAGCCACGAGGGAAAGGCACGAGGGAAAGGACGACAGCCAUGCGCAACAUCGUGUGGGAAGGAGGCAAGCAGGACAGGAGAAGCCUGAAUCGUUGGCUGGGCUGUCUACAUGUGCCGUUACCGGCUGACCGUUACGGCCAU